GGUCAAAUUGAUAUUGAUGAUUGACGCUACACACCGCCUUGGGCAGAACAUAAUUUUCUAAAUUGAUCUGGACUUGCGCAUCAUAAUUUCGAUAAAUCGUUCACCAGAUAAUAGUUGUAUUAUCUCUCACAUUGAUUUCAAUCCGAUCAAGUGGCUCCUUCACCUCGAAUUAUUGCGCUUUUGGCCCGUAGGGCUGGAAGAAUGAAUCCUACCAUGGCACUCGUCGAAACUUCCGCUGGGUACCCUCCCGUGGAAGAGAAGAAACCAUUUGAAGAACCCCCCGCAGUCGUGGUUACACCUUCCGAUCCAUGGCCGCGACCAUAUUAUUUGGAUAAUGGGUUACGCAGAGUCGCGCCGUACCAUUUCACCUACAAUACAUACUGCAAACAAAGAUGGAGAGGAAGAGAAAUAUUGGAUAUAUUUUCAAGCGAAUUUCGAGAUAGGCCAAUAGAAUACUACAAAGAUGCCAUGGAGCGCGGAGCUAUCGCUGUGAAUGGAAAACCCGUCGAGUCAAUUUCACAAAUUAUCAAGAAUGGAGAUGUUAUAUCACACACCUUACAUCGACAUGAACCUCCCGUUACAGCUCUGCCAAUAUCGAUCGUACAUGAAGAUGAAGAUAUUAUUGUCAUCAACAAGCCUUCCGGUGUUCCCGUCCACCCAGCUGGUCGAUAUAAUUACAAUUCCGUAGUUGAAAUUAUGAGGGCUGAGCGCGGCCAUGGCUGGAACCCACUACCGUGCAAUAGAUUGGACAGACUGACCAGUGGUAUCAUGUUCAUUGGAAAACACGCCAAGGCCGCAGAAGCACUAAGUUUACAAAUAUCAGGGCGCACUGUCAGAAAAGAAUACAUAGCACGAGUAAAAGGAAAGUUUCCAGAUGGAGAAGUAGUGUGUGAUAUGCCAAUUCUGCAGAUAUCACCAAAAUUGGGGUUGAACCGUGUGAGGGCAAAUGGUAAAGCCGCCCGCACGGUUUUUAAGCGCCUUGCAUAUUAUCCUCCAGAACAGGCUCACGACAACCCCGAACAGACAGAGCUAGACAAGACGAGACCACCAAUGGCAAAGGAAGGCUACUCGAUCGUUAGAUGCCUUCCAGUCACUGGCCGUACGCAUCAGCUCAGGGUUCAUCUACAGUUUCUAGGUCAUCCUAUUGGCAACGAUCCUAUAUAUUGCAAUCAACGUGUAUGGGGAACGAGGCUCGGAGCAAAUGACUCAGAUGCAACUCAGGAUACGGAUGAAGACAUUAUCACUCGUCUUUCGAGGAUGGGCAAGUCAGAAGUCGCUGACGCUGUAGCCUACCAUGAUGAAAUGGUAGACGAAUACAACAAGAAGAAAGCCGAGAAGAUGUCCGGAGAGCUAUGUGAAGUAUGCCAAACUCCAUUAUAUACCGACCCUGGUGAACAGGAGUUGUCUCUAUGGCUUCACAGUCUUCGUUACGAAGAUGCUGGAGGAUCUUGGAGCUAUGUGAGUCCUCUCCCAGCCUGGGCUUUACCCCCUGACGGUAUGGAUGGACCAACCGAAGUUGGAGGUAUGGAAGAAUUAGUCGAGGCAGUUAAAGAAGACAACCCCGAAAUUGCAUGAGCUACCACACCUUGAAAUUUAAACCUAUUAUCGACCUUAUUCCAAUGUGUUCUUCUGGAUUUACUUGGCCAUGUACCAAGAGAAUCUAUUCAGGUCCAUGUUAUACAUACCAUAGGGAAUAUCGACAUCCUUGAUCUAACUCUUUUUGACCCUUUCCAUUGUAUAUCACGGAAGACGGGUCGUCCUUAUGUGGGUACAGGAGGUAUAAUUGUCUAAAAGAGGUAGUACGAGAGCUGAUCCCCUAUGCCCCGCUUAACUAGCUAAUCCUACUGAAAGAAUUCCUCCUCA